GGGCCCCGUUAUAGCCCGGCCCCGUUCACAGCCCCUCUCUCCCUGCAGAGGCUGCUCGCAGCCGGUGCGGGGCGCUGUGUCCCGCUCGGCAGCAGCGUCUCCGCAGAGCAAACAAGCCGCCAACCGGGUGGCCCCCACCAGCCUUCUGGUCCCAGCCUGUCGAGCCAGCCGGACUGGGCUGAGGGCAGCAGCGCCCGCCGCCGCCAGCUCUGCUCCUCCUUCGGCGGAGCCGCUUGCGCGAUGCGGCUCCCGCCGCUGCUGUGGCUGGGCCUGGUGCUGGGCGCGGCGUGUGGGGGACCCAGCGACCACCACUACGUCGACGGCGAGCACCGGGCCGACUACGACCGGGAGGCGCUGCUCGGAGGCCAGGAUGAAGCAGAGGAAUAUACUAAACUCAGUCCAGAGGAACAGCAAAAGAGACUGAAGGCCAUCAUAAAGAAAAUUGACUUGGACUCGGAUGGAUUCCUUACUGAUGAUGAACUAAGUUCAUGGAUCCAGCAAUCUUUUAAGCAUUAUGUUACUCAAGAGGCUAAGCAACAGUUUGGUGAAUAUGAUAAAGAUGGUGAUGGAUUAGUAUCUUGGGAGGAGUACAACAUUCAAAUGUAUGAUCGUCUAAUUGACUUUGAUGAGAAUACUGUCCUGGAAGAUCAAGAAGAAGAAUCAUUUCGACAGCUUCAUUUAAAGGACAAGAAGCGGUUUGAAAAAGCCAGUAGAGAUGAAGUUCCUGGUCUGAAUCUGAAUGAAUUUAUUGCUUUUGAGCAUCCUGAAGAAGCUGAGUAUAUGACGGAAUUUGUCAUUCAGGAGGCUUUAGAGGAACACGAUAAAAAUGGUGAUGGACUUGUGAGCCUGGAAGAGUUCCUUGGUGACUACAGAAGAGACCCAACUGCAAAUGAAGAUCCAGAAUGGAUACUUGUCGAGAAGGAUCGAUUUGUGAAUGAUUAUGACAAGGAUAAUGAUGGAAAACUCAGCCCUCAAGAACUGCUGACUUGGGUAGUACCUAAUAAUCAGGGUAUUGCACAAGAGGAGGCUCUUCAUCUGAUUGAAGAAAUGGAUUUGAAUGAUGAUAAAAAGCUCUCUGAGGCAGAGAUUCUCGAGAACCAGGAUUUGUUCCUUACAAGUGAAGCAACAGAUUAUGGCAGGCAGCUCCAUGAUGAACGUUUCUACCAUCAAGAACUUUAGUUUACUCAUUUGUGAUCUUGCUGCCUCUGUGUUCCUAAAUUGGAGUUUUUCUUUAGGGUACUGAAAUUUAUAAGCUGCAUUGUAAAUUUUACUUUGUGUGAUUAUAAUAUACUAGUGUUUGUAUAAGUGUUUUGCAUUCUAAAUUUAAUUACUUAAGUACUUUUGCAAGUUUCCAUAGGCCUUUUCAGCCUUCAGAAUUAAUCUGAAAUAUUUAGUAUUCCUCGAAUUGCAGCAUUAGCAUUUUUGGCAUCUGAAAAAGUAAAAACAUUCUUAAAUAAUCUAUAUGUUUAGUACUGUAUUGUGAAAUUAGUUGUACUACCAUACUUGAAGAGUCUGAAUGGUUAUGAAAAAAGGCAAAAUGUGUGAGAUGAGCAAAAACUACUAAUCCAUUUAUUUAGGUGGUUAAUGUUUUUCAGAAGUUAUCAGGGGGAGAGUAGCAAUGUUUAGGUUCACUAUUAAAGAUGUUUUAUUUAAUACCCUUGGAGGAACAUUCAAAAGGAUUAAUACCUCAAUUGUUCAAGAGGUUUCUGCUUAUUUUUAAAUGAUUUCUAUAGCAGGUUAAUUGUAUGAUAUAAAACCUUUAUAUUUUUGCAUCUGUACAGAUAGUAAUUAUUUUUAAUGUAUAAUUCUACAUCAUUAGAGGUACAUGUGGUAUUUCAGUGUCAGAACCCUCUUCAUUUGUCAGAUUAAAACAGCUAAACGCUCCAUCUUUCUAUAUUUCUUUUCUAAAUUUACUCCUAAUCUCUGAUCAGCUAAAGCAACUACUGUAGUAUAUUUAUUAAGGGAUAAUAAGAGAGGUGCCCAAUCCGAUGAGACAUUAUAAUGUAUCCAUUUACAGUAUUGCCAGUGAAAACUGUGGUAUUCCUAUUUCUGCUGUACAUCAAGUUAUGCUCUGUUCCUUUUUUCUAUGCUAAUUAAGAGAAAUGUGAUACAGUAAAUAUAACCCCUUAUUUCUCCUAUUAUCUUCAACAUACUGGAACUCCACCCAUGAAAUCAGGUAGCAUCCUCAGCCAUUAUAUAUCUGACGAGAUUCAAGAACUACUAACCAUGCAUUUGACAUUUUUCUGAACAAAACCUGGAAUUAUAGAAUGGGAUAAUGUUUUUUUAUAAAAAUGGAAUGUUGGGCUAAAAUGAACUAGAAAGAGAGCACUGAUUCUACAAUCAUAUCACUAAUAUUUUUAGAGUAAUAAUCUAAUACCUUAUUGUGGUGGGGUGAAAUACCCCAUGAAUAGCAUUAGAAUGUGAGCACCCCUCACUUUCAGUUCCAGUGGUAAUCUGAAACUGAGGCUGAAGGCUAAGUACCAGAAGCAUUUUAAAACUGAGUGGUGGAAAAAUUUUAUUAAAAUUUUAAAGGAAAAAAUGUAUUUUCUAAAUACACUAUUUUUAAAAAAACCCUUAUUUUCAUGCUUUUAUGUCAGCAGGUCUCAAACUUUAGCAACCUGAGGAUCCCCAUUUUGAUUUAAAAUUUGUCACAGACCCCAAAGCCGGCUUCUAAUUUUCCCUAGGGUGGGAGGGUGCUCAGCACCAGGCCCUACCCCCAAUCCACCCCUGGCCCCAAAGCCCCACCUCUUUCCACCCCUCCUCUUCCCUGCUCCUCCCUCAUCCUCCCGGUGCCUCCUGCAUGCCGCUGAACAGCUGUUCCAUGGCAUGCAGGAAGCACUGGGAGGGAAGGGGAGGAGUUGAUCAGUGGGGACUGGUGGCCCCAGACAUGACUUGCCGACCCCAGUUUGAGAACCGCUGCUCUCUGUGUUAAAGGAAAUUAUAUAGAAACUACAAAAAAAAUGCAACCAUCCUUAUACACAGCGUUUCUUUUUCUUGGAAAUAUCAUGAACUCUGUCUGCUGACUUUAGUUAUGUGGUCACACCUUUUAACUUCUAUUUAAAUAUAGCUUGAGUUGCAGAGUUUUUUUAUUAGUAUUCAGAAAAAACAUUCACUUGAUAAUCACUCAAUUCUCUGCUAAACAUACAUACACAUAUGAAAAUGUUCAUGAUUAAAUAUAUAUUUUGGAACACAGCAUAGUGUGGCAUAUUCCAUUGAUGUAACAGAUCUGCGUUAAUUUAAUUUAUGUAGCACAUAUACUUUUCAGAACAUUAAUUUGAUGCAGCAACAUGUAACUGUUCAAAAAAUGAUGUUUUUGAACUAAGACUGAUGCAAUGGACAACCACUAUGGUUUAAUUUAAGAGCUACAUGCAGUUGUUAACUGCAUAUUGAAAAUCCCAAAGUUUUAUUUGGGUGCAGGAAUAAAAUCAAGUAAAGAAGAUUUCCAGGAGAACUACUUGUUUGGUUUCUGGCUCUUCAACAGCUGACUAUUCUACUUCAUAAACUAGAGUCAGCAACAGAAUAAAAACAGCUAUUUGGGUCAUAGCAAAACUAAGCACCUUAAACUGCUGAAAGAGGUAUUUAAUUUUGUCUAUACAUAGUUAAUAAAGCCCUCUUACAAACA